UGACAGAUCACGUCUACAUUAAGUAUUAUGCAGCUGCAUAAGCGGUUGAUUUUGCAGUGUUAAUUUUAAGUUUGGGUGAGACUUUAACAUACAUCAGAAUAAAACGUCUAAAAUGAAGAUGUUUUGCAUGAUUUUCUUCUCACUGAGUCUCGUUUUGGCUGCAGCCGAAAUGUUCAAAGAAACAAGUGUGCAGGAAGUUGUGCGCGAAACUGUGGUUGAUUAUCCUUCACGGAACGCCUCCUUCAAGGAUGAAUUGAUUCAAACAUGGUACAACAGUGAGAUGGAAGAAGGAUUAGAGUUUGCUCCAGGAAUUGUAUCACAGCAGUGCCUGCGAUGUAUCUGUCUGGUGGAAUCCAAUUGUAAGCCCGCAUCUUGCCAUAUGGAUGUUGGUUCGCUCUCCUGCGGGUAUUUUCAGAUCAAGAAAGCGUACUGGACUGACUGCGGGAAGCCAGGAGGAGACUGGAAAAAAUGCGCACAAGACAAACAAUGUUCCUCUCAGUGCGUUCAGAAUUACAUGGCGAGGUAUGCAAAACGCUACGGCUGUCCACUCAAAUGUGAGGGUUUUGCUCGGGAACAUAACGGAGGUCCUAACGGCUGUCAUAAUCCGAACACCUUGAAAUACUGGGAAGAGCUGCAGAAGAAACCUGGAUGUCGCGGAGUUCAGUUACCGUAGUUUUUGCAAGAGCGGAAACUAAACUUCUUAACCCUUAGCCUGCUGGCGGCAGAUGAUUCUGCCUUUGCGACCAGUGCAGACCAAGAUCAGCCUGCACAUCCGUGCAGUCUGAUCAUGGUCUGCACUGUUCGCUAUUCAGUCAGUAAAUUUUCAGUGAAAACCCCUUUGAAUAAUAAGUGGUACUGUCCUAAUUGAAAGAUGGAUCAGUCCAUUAUAGAAAUUUAGCAGGGUAAGGGUUAAUACACGACUUGCAAUAUAUGCGGAGACUGAGCAUCCAAACGACUAGAUUUUUUUCCUCUCAAAGAUAAUUUUUUAAAAAUAAUUCGAACCGGCGUUUGGCGAUUCCUCUUUGGAGUUGUGUAAUUUGUGUAUUUCUUUGCCAAUUCCUUUGUAAUGGUUUUUGUGUGUAAUUUGUGUAUUUCUUUGUCAAUGUCAUUAAGUUAUAUAUAUAUAACUUUAUUAUGUAUCAAGCCAAUUCUGGCCCAUGUACAUGCAUCAAUAUAACAUAAUCACAGAAGAAAUAACAGUGCAAAUAUACAAGAUGUGUAAGUAAGAUGACAAUAAAUAUAUCAAUAGAUGAAAACUUCAUACCAGAUGGAUGUGACAUCUUUGAGAGAGGGAGAGACUGUAAGAGCUUUAUUUAACAUUAUGACAAAUAUCAAGUGUUAACAUAAUAGGGACUUUUAAUAACAUUUAUUAAUGACUGCUACAUUGAAUUCAAAAGCAAGUUUCGUUUUUCAAACGCCUUGUAUACAUACGCUGAAAGUUUUCUUAAAUCAGUAACAUUUUCAGUUUUAAUUAGUUCCAUACAUUUGAUAUAAUUAGGAUGAAACCAAUAGUAUCUUCUAAUGUACUGAUGCCUUAAAUCCAUAUAUAGAGAACACUCAAUAAUAUUCAUCCUCCAAUACAUUACAAAAUAAACAUUUUCUUUGAUCCAAAGGGAGGCUUACAGGUUUUUUUCCAUCUGCCACUUUCUAUUUCUAGCCUAUGGGAUGACAUUCUUAGUGGAGACAUACUUAUUCUAUGUUUUUCAACAAUGACAUUAUUUAAAUAUUUCUGAAAAAUAAAAGUAGCUUUUGUUCUGUAAAAUAGGGCCCGAGAGGAUCCCUGUAAGCUGUCGUUCCAAUUUUGUUUAAAUAUAUCAUAAAGACGUAUCUUCAAGGUUUGUAAGAAUAUAUUAUUGUCCCCAACUCCUUGGUUUAACCACACCUCAUAAAAACCUAACCUUGACAAUAAGUUUUAACACUAUGUACCCAAUUUAUAUGAUUAGGAUGUAAUUCAGUAUCAUUUUGUAAUCGAACAUACAUCUGUCGUGCAUAUUUUACCUCUUCACACUGACACAAUUUUAACCAGUAUUUUAUAAUAUGUAAAUAUCUGUGCGUAAUAUAUGUCACUCUUCCAGUUUCACCAUAUACAAAGGCAUUUUGACAACAAACUUUAACCCCUAACAGCUUUUUACAGAAACAAAGAUGGGCUCUUUCAAUAUGUGUACCCUUGUUAAAUCCCCAUAUCUCUGAGGCGUAAUUCAUUACCGGUGUAACUAAUUUAUCAUAAAGAUUCAAUAUGUGUUUUGGCGAGAUAGAUGUGUACUUAUACAAAUAUUAAUUAAGUUGAAAGGUGGCUUUCAGGGCUUGGCCUGCUAACAUUUUGUCCAUCUCGUUAAAAGCACCACCUGUCGUAAAAAGAACAUCUAGGUAUUUAAAUUUGCUAACAAUAUCUAUUUGUUCAUUGUGAUAAGUAAAUGCUAAAUUAUCAGGCAGCCGACCACCUUUUCUAAAAAUCAUAAUUUUGAUUUCUUCGUAUUAACAGUGAACUUCCAUUUAGAGCAAUAAUCAUACAAAACAUUUAAAGAGUUCUGAAGACCGUCUGCAGACUGAGAAAAUAAUAUAAUAUCAUCAGCAUAUAAUUCAAGACAGAGUUUCAUAGUACCAAUAUCAAUACCUUCUAUACCUUUGUUUAUGAACGUGUCUUCUAAGUCGCUUAAAAACAUGCUUAAAAGGAAAGGAGAAAGGCAUUCGCCUUGUCUGACCCCUAAAUGAUAUUCAAAAAUAUCACUGACAUAAUUAGAAAGUUUAACUUUUGAUUUUACAUUAUCAUAUAUAGACUUAAUGACAUCUAAAAUUUUCCCUCUUACUCCUGUUUUUAUAAGUUUGUACCAUAAAAUGUCUCUCACAACGAAAUCAAAAGCCUUCUGAAAAUCAACAAAUGCACAAAAGUUUUUCAUUACUAUUAAAUAUAUGAGAAUUAAGGCUGUUUAACACAAAAAUAUUAUCUAUUGUGCUCAUAUGCUUAGGAAAACCAGCUUGCGCUUCAAUAUAAACAUGAUAGUUUUCUGCCCACUCCGUAAGUCGGUUGUUUAAGAUUCUGGUGAACAAUUUGCCUAAUACACUUAGAAGUGUUAUACCUCUAUAAUUGCUUAGCUCUCUUGUAUCACCACUUUUAAAAAUGGGAACAAUAAAACCGUCGCUCCAAUAGUCUGGAAAAUAACCUAUAUUUAGACAUUUGUUAAAUAACUGAGACAAGUAUGGUAAUAAAACAUCUAUUCCGUGUUUGAAAAAUUCAUUUAAUAAUAAAUCUGGACCUCCA